AUGAGUGUCGGCACGCACAUCGCCGAGGUGAUUCGGCAGGGAAUCUGGGCUUCGCUCACCGGCGGAUGGUACGUUCUUAGAAGGAAAUUGAAGAUACCGGCUCGAGUUUGGAGCUAAAUUAGAGCCAAUUCUUUUCCAAACAAGCGUGCAUUAGAUAGAAGAAAUUAUGGAUUACUGGCUCACUUGUAUGGUAAGAACUGCGAAAAUACCCUAUAAACAACCGGUUUUACAGUUUUCAUCGAUAAAAAACGGUUUUUUGCAGUCUUUAACCCGACUGAAUGAGACCCUUUUAAUUAGAUUUAAAACUUGGAAUAAUUAUUAGAUUCCACUUGAAAUUUCUUGAAAUGUUAUUAGAGUGCAAAGUAGAAACUCUCAGCAAGGUUCCUGAGAAAUUUCGCAAACUUCAGGCACGUAUUCUAAUAGAAAGUUACGCAAACACUGAGCUUUGAACUAUUAGCAAUUUGCUAGCAAACCUUAAAGGGUAUGUGACGAAAAACCGCUUUGAAAUGUUCAACGGAGGAGGUUUCGUAACGAAACACCUUGAAUAGGCCCAGUUGAGAGAAAAAAUCAAGAGUGCUAUCAGAAUCAAUAAAAAUUCAGUUAAAAAUGUUUUCGAUUAAUCAAGAUGUAUUGAUCCAACUAAAGAAGUUGCUAACAGUUCAAAAAUAGUAAAGAAAAUAGAACAAAAAUUUGUUGAAACCGGUACAUUCUUAAUAAAAAAGUAAUUUAAGGUACUACGAGCCGGGCUUCUCGAUCUUCUGCAACACGCUCCAUCUCUACGUGUGGUUCGUGCUCGUCGUCCUUCCGCUCGUCGUCGGACUCGUCUCUUCGCACGGCAUUUCAGUGGGCGUCGCCUGCGGAUACGUCGGCUUCAUCGCUAUUUUCUUCGGAGUCAUCAAGGUGAAUACAACAACAAAAACUUAUGUUUCAUUCUCAGCAGGGCUGGACAAUUGGCCGGGACUUUAACUCGAGAGUAAAUUAUCUAAUCGGGCUGAAACUCGGACCCAAAAUACUUGAAUCCAAGUACAAAAAGUCCGAUCGGACAAUUGCAGUGGUUCAAAAGUCCAGGAUAAGGGCCGGCCAAUUGCCCAGCCCUGAUUCUUAGUGCCUUCCAAUUUUUCCAAAAGAAUUUUCCAAUUUUCAGUCGGUAGUGGCCUACUUGCACCUGAUAUUCGACACGACGGAUCCGAUUGUGGUCACCAAGACCAUCAAUGACUCAAUCGACGAUGUGUACAGAGAAUCCGAACGUUUGUUUUCCUUAUUAUUAUUAGAAUUUCAUCAAAGCAAAUAACAUUAUUGUGAGAAUAUUUAGAGUCAAAACAUUCCAAUCCGGAAUUUACAUACAAAUCAAACAAACAUUUGAGGUUCCGCUUGACUGACUAUGAAACUGAAUACCAAUAAAUGUAUCAAGAAAUUAAUCAAUAAACCUGGCUUUGUGAAUAAAAUUUCUGUGAAACUGAAAAACUGUUUUCCAAACAUUCGACGCUUUUUCAAAAGAAAAAGAAAGUUACAUUAAAGCAUUAAAAAAAAGCGGUAAUUUGCAGAGCCGCCGAUGGACGUGGAAAUGAUCGAAUUGCGUGACAUGGGCUACAAUUUGCGCGGUUCCGAACGGGCGCUCGACGGAAGAACGAGGGAAUUGAACGGGCGCGAGGAGCGCGAAAUCAUUGGAAACCGCAGAACCCACUCCGAAUCGCUCGCCGAUUUCGCCAGAGCCAGUCAGCAUUUUCACGCAAUUUUUACACUAAAAAUUGCAACUAUCUAUAUUCGUGAAACCAUAAUUUUUCAGACCAAUCCGGCACUCCGAUUCCACCGAUUUCAUCGAAGUUUUGGGACUUUGGUGAGUUUUACAUCGAACAAACAAUACGAAAAAAAACGUUGUUUUUUUACUUUAACGUUUUGACUAUCUUCAACUCAUUUUCUCUUCAAACAAACAUGUUCAUAGGCUCGACAACAUCGGCGGCGAGUCAUGCGAGCGGGCUCACAGAGCUCCGGAAGGCGCUCAACACGAUCGAGGACGAGUCGACGGAGACGGAGAGCGAGCCGACGUCUUCCGUGCGGCGUCCGCGCGGAAACAGAAUGAAAGUGGUGUACGAGGACGAGCAGAACGGGUCCGCAUCGGCCGUUGCGCCGCCGAUGCGCAAAUCGUCCGUUCCGUCAAAAUUCCCCGAAACUGGACGCCUCUGGAAACGUAUCGAAUUGGCACGAUCACGGCGACGACAUUCGGAUCCACGUGGCCGAAAAGAGAACUUUGAGGACGAUCCGACCAGAAACAUGUCAUUUGAGGAGGCGAAACGGGAGUUUAAAAUGUACGCGAUACAGAAAAGGACGAGAAUCGACGUGGAGAAUCGGAGAGAGCGAGAAGAAGAAGAAGAAGAAGAAGAAGAAGAGGAGGAAGGGCCGUCUACGUCUUCUGGAAUUAGUUCGAGCCGACGGAGACCCUCGAGGAGACGGUCUUCAACCGGAACGACAUCUGGGAAGAGGAGGGCCAGUCGGAGGGCCGGAAGUCCCGCCGUUUUUGUCGGUUCUCUUAUGAAAAGGGUACGCUUUUUGGGAACUAUUCUUGCGGCAUCCUGCUGUCAAUCGUAACCGCCAAGAAAACACGAUUUUAGUACUAAUUUCGCCAUUUUUCCGUUUGUUUUUGAAAAUCAGAGAAAUUGAACUCAAUUCUUGAAAACGCAAUUCGGCGGAGGCCACGCCCUAUUGUAGUGAUGGGGAGGGUAAAAAAGUUUUGACAUUGCAGAAUAAAAUGCAUUAUUUAUUCCAGGACUCGCAUGAAUCCUCACGAAGUAUGCCGAGUUCGGUGGGCUGGACCCCUGUGGUCGUGUCGCUCGGAGACGUGGACCGUCCGACCACUUCCCGAUAUUCGGCCGACGACGCCGAGAACGGAGCGGACAUCAAGGGAGAAAUCACGAAAUUUCUGGAGGACCUCAUCGACAAGCACCCGGAGACGUUGGAUGCAAUUGAAAGUGUGCGGAUGAGUCGGCUGGGCAGGGGCCGUCCGAGUUCCGAGUCGCACGAUUCGGUGCCGCUGGAAUUGGCCCCGCUCCCUCCGGCCUCUUCCUCGAUGGCUCCGCAUGAUCGCGUCACUCAUGGAAUAUUCGCAGUGCCACACGUACUCCGAAAUGCCGCCCGUUCGAAUUCGUUUAUCGAUUGGCACGCCCACGCGCAAGUCGUCUCCACGAGUCAACAUCACAUCGCCCAAGGGCACGAAGACACCUCGCAAGGCGCCGUGCACACUUUCCAGGACGAGGACGGCAACUGGUGGACGUACACUUUCGACGAGAACUCGGGCGUCGGCACCGCCCAACCGCUCGGUUCGGGUCGUGCGGUCCUUGAGCUCAUCCACAGGGAGCGCGAGAAAAAUCCGGACGCGGCGCGCAAACUCUUCCCGCCCGGAGAGCUCGAAGUACUGCCCGAGAGCAUGUACGACUCGACGGAAGACGAAAAGGGCGAGAAGACGUCGGACGAGGAGCUGCCGGGAACGAGCGGAGGGACCGUGCAGUUGCCACUCACGAGGAGGGAACGGGCGCUUUCCAGUUCGAGCAACGAGUCGAGCACCUACAUGCCCACGCUGCCGAGCAGUGUUUUCCAUGCUCCGAGUGGGACUGGAGCAACCAGAACCAGGUAUGCAUUUUGUGCGAAAAUUCCGAAAUAGUUUUCAAACUGACAAUAAAUAGUAAAUCUGUUGAACAAGCAUAAACAUGAGGUGAACUCAAUAGUUCAAAAUUAAAAUGAAUUAAGCAUGCUUCCCAUUCAAUCCCAAUUCUCGAGUUGCAGUUCAUCGCGCGGCAGUCAGAUCGUGUGCUUCUCGUCGACGGGUCCCUCGCGGAUCCGUCCGAAUCUGAUGCGCGACACGGACGACCGAUCGGCCGAUAGUAUCUGGCACAUGGAGCAGAUAAUGGAACUGAUUGAGAACACGAACGGGCGCAGAGAUGUGGGCGGUAUGCAGAGUCUUCAGCUUCCGAGUGAGUCACUCGACGACUGUCACACACACGAACAAAAACGUUGACGUUUAGUUGAAUACAGCACUGGGCAAAAGGCCGGACAAGACUUUUGAACCCACGAGCGAUAAUUCGAUCGUAUCCUCGCUUUGCAGACUUCUUGGACUUGGUUCGAAGUACUUUGGAUCCAAGUUUCAGACCGAUCGGAUCAUGUGCUCCUGAGAUAAUCGGAUCGGUCUGGAACUUGGACCCGAAGUACUUCAAUCCCAGACCUAAAAGCCUGCAAAGUUCCUAGCAGAAAAAGCGAUUGUUUUUGUUCAAUUCCUCACUACAAUACCUCUAAUUCAUUGCAGACCUGAUCGAGCGUCGCAACUCGUCGAACAUCCGCAAAUCCUACUACUACCCGAUGAAAAUGUUCCCGAAGGCGCAGAAAAACUUCAAUCUGAAAGUGGACCGGAUGAGUGUGGACCGUUGUUUCGACCGCAACCACUCGAUCUGGUCGCUCGUGUUCGACGUGAUCCUCGCGGCCACAGUCUCUUCGCUCGCCGCCCUUCUCAUCCACUCUCGAAUAUUCUACGAUUACUCGCUCGUCGUCUUCUGCUUCGUCGUCGCCUCCGCCCAAUUCUCGCUUCUGAAGAGUGUGCAGCCGGAUGCGUCUUCUCCGAUUCACGGAUUCAACUGGGUCGCCAGCUACAAUCGGCCCAUCUAUUUUUGUAUUUUGGCGUGCGCGCUGCUGUACUUGCACGAGAUCGCCGGCGCGAAAGAGAUCGAUGCGCAGUUGAACGAACUCGCCUGGAAUUGGAACCCUUUCAGGUGAGGAUGUAGGGAAAAGUAACUAUGACACUAUUUUUAAUGCGAAGUUUUUCUACGGCCCGGGCCGUGACAUGAUUUCUUUUUUUUCGCAGAUACCACGUGCUGGAGUCGUCGUCGGUGGUGCUGGUGCUCCGCGACGUGCUCUCCGUCCUUCUGCUCCUGCUGCCCGUCGCGUUCACCCUCGGAUGGCUGCCGCAGUUCAACACUCUGGCCCAUCACGUCGCCGAGCAACUCGAAAUGCACAUUUUCGGAGGCACCGCCUCUUUCGGCGUCUUUUCCGCCUGUGUGCAGCUCGCGAAGAGCUGCGUCUUCUACGUGGCACUUUGUGGGCUGUGAGUACCAGCAAACUGAUUUUGUUUGUAAACUUACAACAAGCCGAAAAUGUUUCAGAUGCCGCGUGGCGUACAACUAUUCGCCCACCUCCACCCAGAACCCACUUUUCUCGACGUUCGCCGCCACGUGUGUCGCCGUUUCGUACCUGCUCUCGCGGAUGUCAUCGAAUCAGAAUCUGAUGGUCAUCCUCUUCGAUAUCAUCACAUUCCCGUUCCGGAAGGGUUCGGAAGGAGAAGAAGAAGAAGAAGCGAACGAGGCGCCCAUCUUGACGGGCAAGGACGAAAUGCCCGGGAUGGUGCGGAGGACUGUGGCCGAACGGGCCCGCUACGAUCUCAUCUUCUCCAUUUUCCUCCUCGUUUUCUUCUUUGGACUCCAUUCGACGUCGCUUUUCACAGCUACGCAACCCUAUUUCACGGUGAGCCGGCAUUAUACAAAUUUUAUUGAAAUUCCGGUCAUUUUUUGCUGUUUUUCGUCUGUUUCUGAAAAUUCGUGUUUUUCUUUUAGUCAACUACAUAAAAAUCAUAUUUCGAAUGAUCAGUAAUGACCAAUCACUGAAAACAAGCAUUUUCAGUUAAAAUUAUCAGAAACUUUAUCUAAUUUCACAAUUUUUUCCCUAAAAGCGCUUUUACACCUCUUUUUACGGUUCAGCGUGCGAUUUCGAUGGGAUGCGUGCUGUUGGGCGUGGUCAACCACUACCUGUACCCGCAAUUCCGUGCCCACACUCCCUGGAGGGCCAUGUCCUCGCCGCUGCUCAAAUCGGCCGAACACACGCAAUUCGAGAGUCCCGACGCGGCGAAAUUGAUGUAUUUCGAGACGAUUCACUUGUGGAUGGUCGCCAUCGAACGAAAUAUUGUAGGAUUAUUACUCUCUCUCUUUAUUUACCUUCAAGAAUCUCUUCCAGGUCUAUCCCUCGCUGAUAAUCUCGAUGAUAACGGAGAAUGCGUGGGCGGUGCCGUGGCCGUGGCUCGUGCUCCCGCUCGUCUCUCUGCGUGUCCUCCGCGGCGGAUUCUCUCACCCGCAGCUCAUGUUCGUUCCAGUCGCUGUCGCCUGUUUGGCCGCCGCCUUCGACCUCAAACACGUCGUCGAUUUGGAAGUCGACGGAAAAGUUUGUGCCUUCUUUUCUUUGCCUUGAAACUUUAUGUAAUUACUGGGCCUACAACAAAGUUCAGCGGAGUUCAGUAAUUUGAGGAAUUAAAAAUUGAUGUAAGCAACUUUAGAAACAGUAUUUUUGUGAUAACCAUAAAACGGUGGACGCUCUCCAUAGAGAACAAUCGAAUAGGUCAGAACGAAUGCAAAAUCGAGCGCUCAAGAAAUGGGUAAUAUGUGAUCAAAUGACUAAUUGGCUAUAAAAGAAUUGCUGGUUUUGUGGCUGAUGUGGACAACGGAGUUGAUUUCCAAACAAUAAUCGAAUUGAAGAAUUACGAGCAAAUCAGAAACCGUAUUGAAUUCUUUUAAAAUCGGUUUUUUUGCAGUCGCUGACCUCAUGGAAUCUCCUGCCACUCAUCAUGUUCACGUGCGUGUGCGUCUAUCCGAAAUUCGUGGAGCUCUACCUGAAGAUCGCCUUCAUCAUGGCCUACGUGGCUCCGUGGCAGAUCAGCUGGGGCAGUGCAUUCCACGCGUUCGCGCAGCCCUUCUCGGUGCCGCACUCGGCGCUCAUCGCCAUCCAAACCGUCGUCUCGAGCAUCGUUAGUGCUCCGCUCAACCCAUUUUUGGGUAAGAUCGCCUUUUUUGCACGAGAUUUCAUGGGGGAGAAAUGGGAGAAUGACGAUUAGGUGUUUUUGAUCAAUUCUCUUUAAAAACAGCAUUGAUUUAUUGAACAAGUGAAUCCGAAAAAUCUACAAACUUUUCUCGACAAAAUCGUUCAAUUGUACACCAACCAAUCGCUCGCAGGUUCCUCGUUCUUCACCGCCUCCUACGUGCGUCCUGUGAAAUUCUGGGAAAAGGACUACAAUACGAAGCGGACGGACGCGUCGACGAUGCGUUUAUCGUCACACUUUGACCGCGGACCGACGGUGGACGACAGCAAUCUCAAUGCGGUCUUCUACGAGCAUCUGACGAGGUCCCUGCAGAAGAGUCUCGCCGGGGACUUGGCGAUGGGACGAUGGGCGACCAGUGUGCAGCCCGGCGACUGUUUCGUUCUCGCUAGGUUAGUGCAGAGAAAAGAGAAACAAUUUAAGAGAAUAUGCUGAAUCGAAUGUUGCAAAUUGGUGUUAUCUGUUGUUAUAUGAACUGUCAGUACUAAAUCCUGAAGUACUCACAACACAUACCGCUCUUGCCGCCUCGGCUCGAAAUUUCAUAAAACAGCAGGUGAAACUAAUUUGCAGUAUUUUCCAAUCCGGAUCUCGGAAAACCUCGGAAACUUUCAACUUUCCAAACUUGCAACUUGCUCGUCCCAAACUGUUUAGAUACUGAAUAAGCCGACAAGACCAAAACGUUUGCAACCUUGCAGUUUCUACCUGAACACCCUGGUGCACAUCAUCGAAGUCGGCAACGGAUUCGUGACUUUCCAGCUGCGCGGGCUCGAGUUCCGCGGCACGUACUGCCAUCAGCGCGAGGUGGAGGCGAUCACGGAGGACAUCCGCGACGGCUCGGGAUUCUGCUGCUGCUCGCCCGGAUCUCUGCCCGGCUUCCUUUCGUUCAACACCGCCUGGGGACUCAGAUGGCUCGCGUGGGAAGUCGUUUCCGGCAAGUACAUCAUCGACGGAUACAGCAUUUCCGACAAUUCAGCAGUGAAUUUGUUGCAGGUAAAAUUUGAUGUUUCCAAUGGAAAAUGGCACUUUGGCAAAUGGCAAAAUGCGACGUUGCCUGAAAAAAACCAUUCAAACACGCCAUCACUUGGCCGAGAACGAAUCAUUUUUUUAAAAUUGAGAUUCAACGAAAGUUGAGAAAAUGCGGUUUCAAAAUGUGUUCUUUGAUCGUUCUCUGAUGUGUUUUUGAUGCGCUUUUUUGUAAAUUCAAAAUCAAAACGGCAACUUUGCACGUAAAUGUAUAAUCUAGAUACACGAACUGCGACGUCUUCUGGUGAAACUGUACGUGAAAAGCGUCAUCUACCACACGUUCAUCUCGCACAAAUUCCGUCAAUUUCUUCGCGACGAGGCGAUCGCCGCCACAAUCCGACAAGUUAUGGAAAAUGCACGGUACACGGAUAUGGACACGAUUUUCUGCGCGCCGCACGACGAGGACUACGAUAUUGUCGAACAGGUAUUUUUUUUUUUGAAUUAGAGGUUCAUUUAGUCUGGGAAAAUCGGGGGAACUUUUUCUGGUUUUGUAUGGGAUUUUUGCACCAAAAAGGGACUUUAAAGUGGAAGAAAUGUUUGCAGGGAAUCUCGCGUAACAGCUUCAAAAGCACGUACCUCUCGUGGAUGACGUAUUGUGUGGAAAAGCGACAGGAACGCGUUCAGGAGGAUAUUUAGUAAGUACAGCAGGAGAAAGAUGAUGUUACAAAACUAAUUUCAAGCAAACAAUGAAGCUUUUCUUUACAUCUCUAUGCACUCUAAAAUUGAAUUUUGAGCCUCAAAUCAUGAAAAAUAAGGACUGUAACAGUGUGUUCAAAGGAAUCUUUUAUAUUUGUUUGAGAAAAAGAGUAUUUUCAGUGACGAGGAGGAGGCGAUGACUCUUUGUUACCUUCUUUCGCUCAUUGCUCGCCGAGCCCUCGCAACGGCCGCUUUCAACAAACACUCGAAUGCGGCCGAGUCGUUUUUGUACGGAUUGCACACGCUUUUCAAGGGAGAUUUCAGGUAAAAUUGUAUUUUUCUAAUGUUUAAUCAAAUCAAUAAUCAAUUCUUGUGUCUUGUGUCUCUACUCUGAUAGAUUUUCGAACCGUUUGUCGCAAUGAUUUGAUAGCAAGAAACACAUUCAAGAAAAUUCCUCAAAAAACAUUUUUAUUUAAAUCAGGGUCGACCAAAUCAAUAGACUCGUAGACUAGUAAGUGGUUUUUUCAAACGUACAAGAAAAACAUUGACAAAACCAGGAUUGCUUGCAGAAUAACGUGCCAACGCGACGAGUGGGUCUUCACCGACAUGGACCUGCUGCGGUGCGUCGUCGCGCCGGCCGUCAAAAUGGCGCUCAAACUGCACCAGGACCACUUUACGCAGUUCGACGAGUUCGAGGUGAACGAAGGACUGUACGAAGUGAUCGAGGAGAACCGGACGAGAAUGUUCAUUUCGCACGAGCAGGACCCCGGAUGGCGGCAGGCGAUACUCGCGAACACGCCCAGUCUGCUCGCGCUGAGGCACAUUUACGAUGACGGGCAGGACGAUUACAAGAUCAUUAUGCUGAAUAAGAUGCAUCUCAACAUGCGGUACGUUUUAUCGAAACGAAAUGGAAUGGACGUUUUUGAAGGAAACCUGUAACUGCAGUGCUCAAGCUACAUACAGGCCUGGGCGGUUUUGUGCUUGAAGCAGACAAACAAAUCUGAGCUGGAAAUCUGUAUUUCUAUGCGCCUUUAACUGCCUACCGUCUGCGUCUCUCUCUCUCUUCUACCGCGAAAAUGGUAUUUCUCUCGUUCCGCGUUUUUUUCGCUAUGCAAUUCCUCAUGAAACGGAAAGCAUAUCCUUCGCCCAGGCUUGCUUAUACCAUUGAAUGAAGAGGCAAAAAAUGCAUCAGGUUGCAGUAUAUCAGUUUUCCUUAAAGCUAUAUAUACAGGGCUCGUACAUUUCUUUUUGUUUCGUCAAGAAUGACGGAUUUUGGGAGCAGAAAAAAUGCAACAACUUCCUACUUGAGCAGUUUUUGAAAAAAAAACGGACGAGUCUCGAGAUAUAGUCGCCCAAAAAUAAGUGAGGUCGCAGAUCAGACUCGAAACGUCAUUUUUCAGUGCCUCCUUUUAAAGGAGUCCUUUAACAUUUUUCUAAAAAGUUUGCCGUUUCAAUCUCUAUUUGAAUGUUUAGUCUAACUGUUUAGUCUAGUCUAAUGUUUAAUCUAACUACUAACUGAUAGUCUGUAACUUGUAGAACAGUUGUUUGGUUGUUUUGGAAAAAUAUGUCUUACAAAAAAAAAUUGUAACGAAUUUCAGAGUGAUCAAACUGAAUCGCGAGUGCGUGCGUGCCUUCUGGGCCGGACAGCAACAAGAACUGAUCUUCCUCCGAAAUCGGAAUCCGGAACGAGGAAGUAUUCAGAACGCGCGGCAGGUGCUCAGGUAAACAUUUUCAGAUUUCAGACAAACAUAUUGAGCGCUCGAUCUGGAUUCUCUGCACUUUUUAGCACUGAAUGAAAUGCGAAGGCGAAAAAGCAAAGUCCGCGAAAAAUGAGCGCCAAAAUGUCAUUAAUUCUGAGAAUUAGUGUGUUUUCAUGCCGAACAAUGAUUUUUCAUCGCCUUUGACCACAAAAAUCAGAGAAAACGUGCUCAAUUCAUGAAAACGCCAUUUGGCCGCCGAGGCCACGCCCAUAUUGCAAUAUCACAGGUGAUUCGCGAUCGGUCUAUUACAAGUUCGCGGAUGUGUCUACAGAGAACUCGGAGCAGGUCCUUCAAUAGGCACAUUAUAGGCCGACCACGAAAAUUUCACGCAUUAUAGACCUAUCGCGAAUGUUCGAUAUCGAGAUUAUGAAUAUAAACUCAAUUCAUCGCUAUUGCCCCUCGGUGUUUGCAGACUCAAGCCAAAAUUUCUAAAAUUAGGUUUUUUUCUAAAAAAAAAUUGAGUACGCAAACAACGAGGGGGCAAUAGCGAUGAAUUGAGUAUAAUGAAAAUAACGCAAAGUUAUUACAAAAAUGUAUUGACAAAAACAGUAGUACUAGAUGAAAAUGCAGGGUUACAGGUAAAGUAGAAGAAGAGGAAAAGAGAAACAAAUUUAGGGGCGGGGAAAACAUUUUUAAUUAAAAAACAAGCUGAGUUAGUCGACGACAUCGUUAUUUUCCUGAUCCAUUUCUCCAUCGUCGUACUCGUCACUCUCGUGUCCUCUGCCGACUCCAAAAUCGCGACGGCUCCAAAAAGAUAAUCGGCUGAAAAGAAGACAGCUAAGCUUCUCAUUAAUUAGUACGGUAAUAUUUUUGGACGCGUGCGAACUCACCACACUUUUCGGACACUUUCCACUGAAUAGCUAUCUUUUCACAAGUAAUUAUUUCAGUGCUAUUACCAUUUUCACUUUUCACUGAAGCAGUACGCCGCACUUCUGAGUUUUGUAAUUGAGCAAAAUGAUUCAACAAUGAUCGAGGCAUACCGCAUAGACUCAACGCAAAAAGAGAAACCUAUGUACCGAAGAACUCCGAAAAAUAAUACUGAUCCAAAUGAAAAGCUAAUUUAAGCAACUGGAAAUACAAUAAACACGUUAAAAAUAUGAAAAUUCUGAACAAAAUCCGUGCACGGCGAAAAUUUGGCGAAAAUUUCGAAUUCGGUUUUCGCGAUGGGCCUAUUACAGGUCCAUCGUAGGCCCAUCGCGAACGGUGCGCCCCACUGCCUACAAUGCGUCCAUCGGCGAACUUUUUCUUCGUGAUAGGCAUAUUAUAGGCCUAUCACAGGUCCACGUUCUCAAUAGACCGAUCGCGAAUCAGCGGUGUUUGCCUAGCUAUUAAUUCAGUAAAUCGUUUUUUUCUCUUAUGUUUCGUUUGAAAAUGCAACAUGCGAUAACCGAAAUAAGAAGAAAAGCAUUUGCAGAAACAUGAUCAACAGUUCGGCGGAUCUGCCAGUCGGUUAUCCGAUAUACGUCUCCCCGCUGACGACGUCGCACAUUGAAUCGCACUCGCAAAUUCACAAAGUGUUCGGGCCCACGUUCACUUUCGAGGUGAGACCGAAAGGAAGUUUACUUUAUGAUCGAGAAAAAACAAAUAAAUAUCAACUUUACAAGCGGAAAGAAAAAUAUGAUCACGGAUAAAGUGAAAAAUUUACAAAAAAAGAGUUGCAGGGCUUCUGCAACUUUGGUCAAAACGUCUGGAACCGCCUACGCAAUCACUUUGGCCCCUCGGGAAGCACUUCCGCCCACCAACAGCAACAACAGCAACAGCAACAGCAACAGCAGCAGCAGCAGCAGCAGCAACAAGCGGCGGCGGCUUCGCUCCCGACCGCACCGCCCGUCCUGUCCAUUCCGAUUCCGUCGGCCGCCUCGUCGACCACCUCGGUGCCCGUCGGAUCGCACUCUUCGACGGUCCCUCCGCCGGCUCCGCGAGCACAUUUCCACGUGGGACCGCCGUCGGGCAGCGAGAAAGAGGACGACGAGCAAGAUACGAUUGUGCUCUCGUUGAACACCCCGAGAUCCGGACGAAAGGUCGGUUUUGUUGAAGAAGAGCAUUUGGAGGGAAAAAAUGAGCGAUUCUUUGCUGCGGCGUAGUGUUUUUGCCGUGGCAAAGUGGCAAAUGUGUUAAAACAUAUCUUCCAUAUCUUCCGAAGUAGACACCUCUAGUAAAAAUGAAACCUGGAUUCUUUCAUAUAAAGACAAUUGAAUCAAUUUUCAACAAACUUUCAAUACUUUUCAGCUGGAAAACUCGAUAGUGGAGAUGGGAAAGGACGGUACGGCGCGAGUGUCGGUGCUCCAUCCGAAGACGCGCCCGGUCGACGAUUCGAUUGCGGCGCCCGUCACGCUGACCGCGCCGCCGCAAACGGAACGCGAACGGACAGUCAUGAACCGUCCGGCGCUCGUGGCGCAGCUGAAGGGCGGCAGUCUCGUGGGCGGGAACCUCGAGAUGGGCAUCGGCGCGUGGGUCAUCAUUGUCGACGGCGAACAGAUAUUCAAGUACCUGAACGAACCGCUCAAGUCGUCCGGCGAGUGUCUCGUCGUUUGGCCCGACGAACUCGUGCAGCAUGUGAGCUUUUUUCAAAUGUGUCACGGUCUCCAACACUUACACAACGGGUGUAACUCGAUUCAAUGUUGAUUUGCCGCAUGCACAACUAUUUCGGCGUUUUUUUUUUUUGAAACAGUAUUGAUAAUUUGUUGCAGAUGUCCGGCCGCAGCUCGUGGAUGUUCCAGCCGAGUCGCGGAAUGGCCGGAAAGAUCGCCUACACGUGGUACCCGUCGCAUCCGCUCCGAAAUCGACGCAGCCACGUCGGAGAUCACAUUCAUCUGGUGAGGAAUCACAAAAAAAAAUGCGAAUUUCUGUACAUACAAAUUCAAUUUUGCAGCUCGCUCUUCCACUAAUGACAAACGGACUGGUCCCGGUGGCCGAGAAGGGACUCCGACUGCUGUCACCGGCCGAUUGUCACACACUCGGAUUGUGUCCGAUCACACAGGUACUCACAAGUUUAUACUUGAAAAUUGCCUCGUGAAACUACUGAAAUCCGUCAAAAUCAUGUGAAGUUUUCGUUUUCUAAACCACUUUUUUUUUGCGGGUCAACACACCGGUCAACACCACGAACAGUCCAUUCUUCCAACUGCCGCCAUCGAACAGAGCAAGCAAAGCACUCACUGCGCAGGUUUGAACGAUAAAUAAUUGGAAAUUCUGACGUAGCUCGAAAAAGUACCGUUUUUAGCCUUCUAUAAAUGCUAUACAAAUUCACGGUUUCAGUGAUUUCAUGCAAUUUGUUUGCCAGAAACCGUCCGUACAUUUUUUUUUUCAGGAGAAUCAAGACUUCUCAGCCCGCUACGUCGACGUGCUGAUUCUGUCGAAGAUCGUGACGGGAACCGUGUCGGCGCGCACUUCGUUCCCCAAAAAACCGCCGAUUCCGCCGCCGUCGAGUCGGGAACGCGAAAGGGAACGCGAGACGGGCGCCGCCGUAUCAUCAUCAUCAUCGGCCGUGGCUUCGGAUCCCUUGGCUCCGAGCACUUCGACCGCCGAGCCGUCGAAUUCAUAA